CCGUGCCCCCCCCCCCAUUCCUGAACAUAUGCAAUGAACAGCACUACUCAGCCCCCUCCCAUUAUUGAUGGGGAUGUGGCAGUCAGCUAUGUGUUGGUGCCAUUUUUCCUCAUCACCAUCAUUGGAAUAGCUGCAGCUGUGGUCAUGUAUAUCCGCAAGAAAAGGAGAAUUGACAGACUCCGUCAUCAGCUGUUGCCAGUUUACACAUAUGAUCCUUCAGAGGAACUUAAUGAAGCCGAACAAGAAAUGUUGUGGAGAGAAGAGGACACACGGAUUGUUCAAGGUUGGGCCAGAAGUUAUCAACAGCGUCGCCCUCUUCUGGCCAAAGACGUCAACGCAUGAUGGUUGUAAACCAUGGGCAUCGAACGCUGUCAGCGAGAUCAGUCAUUUAUAGAGUCAUGCACAAGUCUUUUACUGUUUUUCUUUACUAUCGUUUGGCAUCCAUCAGCAACAGUCAGCAUAUUUCUUUUUAUGUACAGGAUGACUGUUCAUUUGUGAGGUUCUGAUGCCAAUCCUGUGUGCCUAACAGACGCAGUACCUUUAAACUUAUUUAUUUGAAAUUAUUUAUUCAGACUUUGUUUUACUGUGGUAUGCGGUGACAUAACUCAAAGUUAAGAAAGGUGGAACAUAUCUAAGGUUCAGGUUCCUGGAGGUGUACUUUGUUGUUUACAUUUAUGGUGUUGUGGGCGACGUGGCAAAGCAGUUAUAUUCCUGUGGGUUGCAGUAGGCAUUUGUACUGACUAUAAUCUGGGGGUUGAGGUAAGAGUAUAAAUGUUCUGCACUAGUUGAAAAUCAUCACUCCUGCUGUGACGUGGUCUGUGAUCAAUGCCUGGACAGGUUGUUGUGUAGAGGUCGUUUCCAUUACAUUAAAAACAAAUAUGGCUUCUUUGAUGAAAUGACAUUAGUGUUCAACACUAACACAGCAGUACCACUUCCAAAAAGAGUGUAACUUCAAAGCUUUAUACUGAUAAAGGUAGAAUUGGCCGUUAAAAUUAGGUUUGAGAAGAAUUAGGUUGACAUUUUCUGUUUCAUUUUGAGUCAAAAGGUUGAACACACACACUUUGGUUUUAAUUUUCUCACAGAGCUUCACUAGCUGCCCAACGAUCUGGAUCUUUUUGUGGUUUAGCCAAAUCCUAUGACUCUUGUCAAAGGCAUGAAAAGCCAGAUAUGAAAGUAAAUAACACCAACACCCUCUCACUCCCAAAAUGAGUUGUGACUAGUGCUCAAAAUAUGUCCUGUCUACAAGGCAUGGCACCAGCACACAUUUACCUCCAGCAGAAGAAUCUGCUCAGAUGAAUGCCAUAGGUCUGACUGUAUAAAGCACUCAGGAAACCUCACUUUUUUUUCUCCUUGAUGAAUUGUAACCUUUCCUGACCUUUAUACGCUUGCAUUUUGAAUGUAAACUGAGAACAAUAGAGCCGUUCAACUGUCCUCGCAGGGGAAUAACCCUCCACUCAGUAAUUAAUGUAUUGUAAUGGACAGCUAAUGCUCAAAACAUGUGAUGUUAUCAUCUAAGGUGCUUCAGAAGGAGAAUGAGUUUAUAUGUAGGAGAUGUUUUCUGUGGUCACUUCUGGACUUGAAAACAUCUUUAUCCCAGAACAUGCUCCUCAGUCAUUUUUACAUCUGAUAAUUUUCUAUGCAUUUAUCUAGACUGCUUUUUUCACGUUUAAAAAAAAAAGAAAAAAAAAAAAGAAUGAAAUGGGCCAUUCACACUUUAAACUGUACAAAUGUUUGAUCAUAUGACAUUCAUUCUUCACACUGGUGAACUUUUCAUGGAGGGCUCUGAUUUCAGGUUGCACUUGAGAAUUCAAAGAACCACUGAUGGAAAUUUUAAUGGCUGCACUGUUAUGAAGUUUUACUUUUCAGAUUGUUGUACUAUUGUUGCUUUGGGAGAAUGGAUAAGGCUGAUUAAAAUGUUGAAGAUGUAAAUAAAGUAAUUUAACUUUGUCUUUGUACCGUAAUUGUCAUUCGCUUUAGCCAAGUCAUCCUUGCUAUAUUACAAUUCAACAUCAACCUGCGUGUUUUCUUGAGCCUUUGGGCAGAUAAUUUUAUGGAUGUAUGGAUGCAUGCCAGACAAAGUGACAAAGAAAAUUCUCUUUAUUGACCAUUUCUGAUACAAAUUGUUGUAGGGCACCAUAGAAAUAUAGACGUUGUACAUUUAUAUACGGUGUACAUUAAAAAGAAUGAUCCCAUCCUAUUGAGUUUACAGUAUAUAAAUGAACGGAUGCAAGAUGUUGGUAUGUAGAAUGACACUGAUAUUGUCAAGAGUAAUAGGAGGAUGCUGAGAGAAAAAAAAAAAAAAAAAAAAAAAAAA